AUGGCCGCCAGCCGCUCGGGACGUCUCCUCCGCGGCUUGGGAUACGCCUCCCUCGCUGGAGGUGUCGGCGCCGGGACUCUCUACUUCGUCUACCGCCCUCGCGAUGUUCCGGGACUUGAGGCGGCCUCUGUACCGCCCUCCGCGUACGGCGAAGGCGGUGUCUUCCGACCUCCGAACUUCCCACGGGUGAAGACACGAGCGGAGCAGAUCGACGACCUCAAAGCGAGCGCUGGCGCAGCGUUUCAGACGGCGAAAGAGAAGGUCAAGAGCACUCUGGGCGUCGAACAGGACAAUGCAACUGCAGAGGGCGACAACUCUUACGAUCUGCUGGUCAUUGGAGGCGGUGCGACCGGUUCUGGUAUCGCUCUCGAUGCCGCAUCCCGAGGUCUGAAGGUCGCUUUGGUCGAGAGAGAUGACUUUGCAUCGGGGACAAGUAGCAAGAGCACCAAGCUCGUGCACGGUGGUGUGCGAUAUCUGGAAAAGGCUGUUUUCGAAUUGGAUUACAACCAAUACAAGCUCGUCAAGGAAGCUCUGCGCGAGCGGAGAUACUUCCUCGACACUGCACCGCAUCUCUCGUCAUGGCUCCCGAUCAUGAUCCCCGUCAACAAGUGGUGGCAAGCGCCCUACUUCUGGGCCGGGACCAAGUUUUACGAUUUUCUGGCUGGCUCCGAGAACAUCGAGACCUCGUAUUUCUUGACAAGGAGCAAGGCAUUGGACGCUUUCCCUAUGCUCAAGAAAGACAACCUCUGGGGCGCUUUGGUCUAUUACGAUGGUGCUCACAACGACUCUCGGAUGAACGUAUCUCUAGCGAUGACUGCCGCUCUCUACGGUGCCACUCUCGUCAACCACAUGGAAGUCACUGGCCUUGAAAAGGACGCCAACGGCAGACUAUGCGGUGCCAAGGUCAAGGAUCUUGUCGCAGAAAAAGACGGCAACAAGGGCGAAGAAUUCAGCAUCAAAGCUAAGGGUAUCAUCAACGCUACUGGACCAUUCACCGACUCGAUUCGCAAGAUGGACGACCAACAGGUACCUGAGAUCGUUGCACCCAGCUCUGGAGUCCACGUCAUUCUGCCCGGUUACUACUCGCCUUCUAACAUGGGUCUGAUUGAUCCUCGCACUUCUGACGGACGUGUCAUCUUCUUCUUGCCAUGGCAAGGCAAUACUAUCGCCGGUACCACUGACGCACCAUGUGACGUUGAGCCCAAUCCAGUCGCCCAGGAGAAGGAGAUCGAAUGGAUCCUCAAGGAAGUUCAGAACUACCUGCAACCCGAGCUUCAGGUCCGCCGAAGUGACGUUCUCGCCGCCUGGUCUGGUAUUCGUCCUCUUGUCCGCGAUCCGAAGAAGGCGAAAUCGGAAGGUCUUGUUCGCAACCAUCUUCUCACUACCUCUGACUCUGGACUCCUCACCAUGGCUGGUGGCAAGUGGACAACAUACCGUCAGAUGGCGGAGGAGGCGGUCGACGAAGCGAUCAAGGAAUUCAAGCUCCAAACUGGGGGCGUGGCGAACCCACCUCUCGUCAGCGGAGUCCAGGGCUUCCACGAAAAGAUCAAUCUCGAUGGCUCUUGCCAAACACACCAAGUCCGCUUGCUUGGCGCUCACGGAUUCUCCAAGACCCUCUUCAUCAAUGUCAUCCAGAACUAUGGCCUCGAAACAGAUGUCGCCAAGCACUUGACCGAGUCCUACGGUGACCGCGCUUGGACUGUCGCCGCGCUCUGCGAUCCCACGAACGAGCGUUUCCCCGAGCGCGGAAACCGCAUCUCUGCAUUAUAUCCGUAUGUCGAUGGCGAGGUCCGCUACGCCGUCCGCCAUGAAUACGCCCAGACCGCCGCGGAUGUGCUCGGACGACGAACGCGAUUGGCUUUCCUGAACGCUCAGGCCGCCCUGGAGUCCCUCCCUAAGAUCAUCGAUAUCAUGGGCCGUGAACUCAACUGGAACAAGCAUCGGAAAGACUUGGAAUACGACGAGGCGGUGGACUACUUGAAGUCCAUGGGACUGCAGACUCCCGGUCCUUCCGCAGCGGUGGGACCGAACCCCACCAUUGAGAAGGAGUCGCCGGCGAAUGCAUAG